UGCGAAAAGCACGGCAAAGCCAUGGAGGCCAUGGAGAAGCUGAAGUCCGGCCUGCGCUUCAGUGAAGUCGCCUCGCAGUACAGCGAGGACAAGGCCAGGCAAGGGGGAGACUUGGGCUGGAUGACCAGAGGCUCCAUGGUAGGACCUUUCCAGGAAGCAGCAUUCGCCUUGCCCGUGAGCAGCAUGGACAAGCCAGUGUAUACAGACCCUCCUGUCAAAACAAAGUUCGGGUACCACAUUAUCAUGGUGGAAGGUAGAAAAUAA